AUGAGUAUCGUUCCGACUGGAGGCUUUACUGGGCUUGAAAUUGGCGUGGAAAUCUCCAAGAUUAUGAAAUUAGGCGUGGAGAACGAGCUCAAGAAGAAGAGAGCCUUCCGCAAGUUCUCAUACCGUGGAGUCGACCUUGACCAACUUCUCGACCUCUCCUCCGAAGAACUCCGCGAUCUCGUCCAUGCCCGUGCCCGACGUCGAUUCAACCGUGGCCUGAAGCGCAAGCCUAUGGGUCUGAUCAAGAAGCUACGAAAGGCCAAGCAAGAGGCCCGGCCCAACGAGAAGCCCGACCUCGUCAAGACCCACCUCCGAGACAUGAUCGUCGUGCCCGAGAUGAUCGGCAGCGUCAUUGGUAUCUACUCUGGAAAGGAAUUCAACCAGGUUGAGAUCAAGCCGGAAAUGGUCGGCCAUUACUUGGGAGAGUUCUCGAUCUCAUAUAAGCCCGUUAAGCACGGAAGGCCGGGUAUCGGUGCUACCCACUCUUCCCGUUUCAUUCCUCUCAAGUAAUUGCUCUGGGUCCUCGGUUGCAUGGGUUCUUUGGCGAGGCGGAAGAAAAUGUACUUCAUGACCUACAACGAACAUAGGUGUUCGGUGCAUCAAUGCGCGUGCUACACCGUGGGGUUGGAAUCCUCAAUGCCUGUGAAGUGGGGUUAUCGGCGAUGACAGUCACGAAGACAUGGUGUAGAAUCAAUACAUCACAACCUCAUCCAAUCCUGUUAUGAACCAAGUUGGGGCCGUUCAACAACUAGCCACACCCAUUCAUAUCGAACGUAUACAUGGCGAUAAACACCUGAUAUUGGCAUCCUCCAAGUAUCGUCUAAAAUUCCAGUGUUAUCUUACACCGCGCUCAGUGCUGCCUGAACUCCCACGCUGCCAACAUCCUCUCUCUUC